AUGGACAACUCCGAUAGUGUCAAAGCGCGUUUUCAGCCAUCAAAGCUCACACUUGGCAAAGCUGCAGCUCAUGUUAUCAAUAUCGACGUCGACUCGCUGGAUUGGAACAAGUCUUUCAUAUUGCUCGGUGGUGACUCUAUCCUAGCAAUCGAUUUCAUCGCCAAAUGCCGCGAUGCAGGUAUUCACGUGGACAUGACAGAGCUGUUGAUGGCUGAGACCUUGGGUUCACUCGCUGAAGAGAUAGACCGAAAGAAUGCCGGAACAGUUAAUGGAGUCAAUGGCCACGUAAAUGGAGUCAAUGGCCACGCAAAUGGAGACAACGGUUUUCCUCUUGUCAAUUGGCAAGAUUCCGCGCUGGACGACUUGGUCGCGGACUUGAAGACACACAGUAUAGCCAUUAGCGACAUCGAAUCUAUUGCGCCUUGCUCCGCCGUGCAGGAAGGCUUCUUUGUCAGCCAGGCCAUCAACCCUACUUCCUAUAUCAGCCAUAUUUCUAUGAGGCUGCUUUCAACCUCUGCCGAUGGUCGCCGACCUGCAACGGAGAGGGUUGUCGAUGCAUGGAGAGACAUUGUCAAACGCCAUGCAAUCCUCAGGACGACAUUUAUCGAGAGCAAUGACCGACCUGGCAAAUUUGACCAACUUGUCCUCAAGCCCAACACUAUUCCACCCAGUGUUAUAGUAUGCUCUUCAACAAGGGAUGUUCAUGCCGUCCCACCCUUUACUAUGCGCAAGUUUGAAACUCCGCUGCGUCUUUGUGUGUAUGGGGUCAGCGUCAAUGAGCUUCGACUUGACCUGGAAAUUUCGCAUGCCUUGGUGGAUGGACACUCUGGUAGAAUCUUGUUGCACGAUCUUCGUGCCAGCUACCUACGGGCUGCGUACUUCUCGGAGAACGCCCUUCCAUAUACGAGUUUUGCAUCUCACCAGCAAGCUGCCUUGAACGCAAAGAAUGCUUCUGCAGGUGUUGAGUACUGGACAUCCUACCUAAUCAACGCCAGCGAGUCUCAUUUGCCUCUUAUCGCAAGUAAUCCUCAACUGCAUCACCUGGAGACAGCCCGUUGUUCUAUGCCACUACCGGCCGGGAAGCUUCGCGCUGUCUGCAGUCAGAUGAUGAUUACUCCGGCCAACCUGUUCCAAAUCGCCUGGGCACUUGCCAUUCGACGCAUCAUCCUAUCAGAUAUCAUCACGUUCUCAUACAUAGUAUCCGGGCGUAACUGCGAUCUCGAGGGCGCCGACGGCACUGUGGGGCCCUUCCUUAACACAUUACCAUGCUGUCUCACAUUGACCCCGGAGACCAGGGCGGCCGAUGCACUGUCUUCGGCGAAACGAGACUGGCAAGACGGCCUACCGUUUCAGAAUAUUCCCAUAUCCGAUCUGCCCGUGGCAAAAACGCGGUCGUUGAAGCGGCUCGGAAACACGCUGCUCUCAAUUGAGCGAGAAGCAACAAACACACAUGUUUUCACAGAAGGAAUCUCCAUGACGCUAGACGCGAGGACAAGCGCAACAGACUAUGAUCUAUCAGCCAAUGUGAGAUUCAGUGAAGAACGAAUCGACUUGAAUCUCGAGUACUGGGCUUCUAGGGUAGCCUGGCCGGUUGCAAAGGCACAGAUGACGGCGUUCCAAGACGCAGUCGCCUUUUUGUUAGGAGGAAGCAGCAUGUAUAUCCGCGACUUUCCAAGCCAUGGCAUCGAAGACCGCCUUGCGAUUUCGAGGUGGAAUUCCGCCAUACCGCCACGCCUGGAACACUGCGUUCACGACCUUGUCCGGGACAAGAUGGCGGCCCAGCCAAGGGCACAGGCCAUUAGCGCUUGGGAUGGCAAGAUGACAUACGGCGAGUUAGAUGAGAUGAGCCGCCGGCUGGCCUACCAUCUGGUAGAACGAGGUGUCGGUCCAGAGGUGAUGGUUGGUUUGUGCAUGGACAAGUCGAAAAUAGGAGUAGUGGCGAUGUUGGCAAUUCUCCGCGCCGGUGGCGCCGUGGUGCCUCUUGGGGUGCAGCAUCCACUGGGGCGUAUUGAGCGCAUCGUGAAAGACACUUCCGCGCCGGUAAUGCUAGUCGAUCGCGCUCACAAGCGGCGGCUGGCGGCGCUGGCGGCGCAUACGCAGCUUCUUGAGGUUGACUCUUUCUUCGAUACGACCCCGGCAACCCCGAAACCGUCCGCCGAGCCCUGCGUAUCCGUACGGCCAAAAAACGUGGCCUGGGUGAUGUACACUUCCGGCAGCACUGGAACGCCCAAGGGAGUUGUGCUUGAACACGGCGCCCUUGCAACUAGCAUCCUUGCUCAUGGGCGCGCAUUCGGUAUCCAGCCCCACGAUCGCUUAUCACAGUUUGCGGCAUACACCUUUGAUGUUUCCAUUGCAGAAAUCAUGACGCCUCUCUCGAUCGGCGCUUGUAUCUGUGUUCCAUCCGAACAUGAUCGCAUAACCCGCCUCACUACCUUCCUGUCAAAAGCGAAUGUCACUGUGGCUACCCUGACCUCAACCGUAGCAGCGCUAGUCCAGCCGCAAGACACACCGACAAUCCGAACGCUUAUUUUGACUGGCGAGGCCAUCUUACCAAAGGUUGUUGAUCAAUGGAUACAACAGGCUACUGUUGUGAAUGCUUACGGCCCCUCGGAGAGCUCUAUAUGGAUAACAGGUAAGAAAGUCCGGGAUAGUUCAGAGACUAAUAAUAUAGGAACGUCGCUUGCCGGCGGACUCUGGGUAGUUAACCCAGCGAACAUCACGGAACUGGUUCCAGUCGGCGCGCUAGGCGAGCUCUUAAUCGAAGGCCCGCUGUUGGCGCGUGGGUAUCUCAACGAUCCGGGAAAGACAGCAGCCGCGUUUGUGACAGAUCCAGCGUUUGUGGAGGAGCUGGGUCUAAACCCCGGCCGGCGGAUGUACCGUACCGGUGAUUUGGUACAACAGCAUCCCGACGGCUCCCUGGCAUACCUCGGCCGUCGCGACACACAGGUCAAGAUCCGGGGUCAGCGGGUGGAAACUGGAGAGAUUGAGAGUCAGAUUGUUCGUCUGCUCGUUAAUGCACGCGAGGCUAUUGUCGAUGUUAUCCGGCCGGCAGAUGAGGCCCAUGAUGGAGUACUAAUGUUGGUGGCCGUUAUCGAAUAUCCUGAGGCUGGAUUGUCUAGUCGUGGAGGAGAGCUGGAAUUAUAUGAUCCUGCGACAAUCACUGAGACCGCACAAGAGGCUAUCAAGAAAUUGGAUUCCGAGCUCGGGCAGGUUUUACCUGUAUACAUGAUGCCUACGGCAUUUUUACUUGCCCCGAAUAUUCCGAUGAAUACAUCGGGCAAGCUGGACCGCCGCACCGUGCAAGACCAGUUGCGCCUCAUGUCCCGCGAGGCGCUAAACAGCUUUUCCUAUUCGACAAUCACAAAGCAGGCUCCAACUACUGCUAUGGAAUAUAGGCUGCAACGUUUGUGGGCUGCAGUUUUAUCGCUUUCCCCUGACCAAGUAGGAAUUAACGAGUCCUUCUUCCGUCUUGGAGGAGACUCGGUGGUAGCUAUGAAGCUGACAGCAGCAGCCCGCGCUGAGAAGCUUCCUCUAUCCGUGGCUGACAUCUUCCAAUGGCCGCAUCUGGUGGAUAUAGCAGCCGUUAUGGAAGAGAAAUACGGCCUCACUAAUGGACAUGCAACAAAUAACUUGGCACACGAAGAUCCUGCCCCGCUGAGCUUAUGGCCUGAGCUCGCCCAGGCUGGUAUUGCGGAUACAGACCGGGCACGACUAUUGGCAGAUGUUGCCGCGCAGUGUGCCAUAACCACUAGCCAGAUUGAAGACGUCUAUCCAUGUAGCCCAUUGCAGGCCGGACUGAUGGCAAUUACCGCACAGCAUCCUCAGGCCUAUAUUAUUCAGCGUGUAUUCAGUCUGCAGGCCGACAUUUCUACUCAGAAGCUGAAGGCAGCCUGGACAAGGCUGGUGGAAGACCUGCCUAUUCUACGCACGCGUAUUAUCCCCUCAGUACAAGUUGACGCAUUACAAGUGGUGGUCCGGGGGGAGCAGCCGAUCUGGCAGGAUUCGGUGUCACUCGAGGACUAUCUUGCUGCAGAUAAAGCUACCCCUAUUACAUACGGCGGCGUUUUAAGUCGUACUUCUAUUGUCGGGAGCGAAGAUAGGACGAAUCGAUUUUUCGUGUGGACGACACACCACAGCAUUUACGACGGCUGGAGCAUGGCUAAGAUAAUGGAAAUGCUUGUGCAGCUAUUGCGAGGUGAAGCUGUUUCAGCCCCAGUGCCUGUGUCGCGCUUCAUCGCCUAUUUGUCCCAGCAGGAUAAGCAACAGACGGCAACAUUCUGGAAGAACCACCUGGAAGGCGCCAACUGGGCUCGUUACCCGGCGUUGCCGUCCCUACACCAGAAGGUCGUGCCCCACGACCUGCUGAAUUGCCAGAUCAGCAUUCCACGGACAGCAGGUGCUGUAACGACCCCGACACUGCUGCGCGCCGCCUGGGCCCUCCUCGUGGCGGCUCACAUUGGCGCCGAUGAAGCUAUUAUCAACGUCGUGCUCUCCGGCCGCAUGGCCCCCAUCAAUGGCAUCACAGAUAUCAUAGCGCCGACUAUCACGUCGGUACCUUUCCGUGUAUCUGCUUGGAGAGAACAGACCGUGCGUGGUUUCCUUGGUGCUAUACAGGAGCAAACCACUCAGAUGAUCCCAUUCGAGCAUACUGGUCUUCAGAAUAUUCGUCGUAUGGUUCCUGGCCUUGGCCCAGAAUUCGACCCUGGCCAUAUGUUUGUCGUCCAACUGGCCGAAGAAAGCGAGUCGUCGCCACCAAUGCAGAACAGGCUAUUCAGGAGGGAACUUACCACUGCAGACGCGUUUUACUCCCAUCCACUCAAUAUUGAAUGUACGGUGGGCCAGUUGAGCAGUGGUGUCGGGGUUGAGAUGCGGUAUGAUCGCGAAGUCCUCCCCGUUGAUGCUGCGCAGCGUCUUCUUGCCCAGUUCGCCCACAUCGUGCAGCAGCUAGCAGGCAAUGCCGAGGCUGAGCAGUUGCUUGGACAGAUGCAAAUCCUAUCUGCGGAGGAUGCUGUUCAGUUGUCCCAGUGGAACUCAAGUGUACCACCAAAGGUUGAUCGAUGCAUCCAUGAACUGGUGCAGGACCAGAUGGCCGCCCAACCGGCAGCGCCGGCUAUCAGCUCGUGGGACGGCGAGAUGACAUAUAGCGAGCUGGAUAUUGCAAGCCUUCAGCUAGCUCAGCACCUGGCCGGCUGCGGUGUAGGCCCUGAGGUGAUGGUUGGGCUUUGCAUGGAUAAGUCGAAGUUAGGAGUGGUGGCCAUGCUGGCUAUCCUCCGCGCCGGUGGCGCCGUGGUGCCUCUUGGGGUGCAGCAUCCACUAGCUCGUAUCGAGGGCAUCGUGAAAGACACAGCCAUGCCGAUCGUACUGGUUGACUGCGGCCAAGAACAACGUUUAGCUACGCUAUCGUCCCACACGCAGCUGCUUCCCGUCGACUGUUUCUUCGACACGGCUCCAUCGACCCUAACAGUAACGUCCAAUGGGCCGUUCACGGCUGUACGGCCAGAGAAUGUGGCGUGGGUCAUCUAUACUUCUGGAAGCACUGGCACGCCCAAGGGAGUUGUACUUGAACACGGCGCCCUUGCAACUAGCAUCUUUGCCCACGGUCGCGCAUUCGAUAUCCAGCCCCAUGACCGGCUGUCACAAUUUGCGGCAUAUACUUUCGAUGUCGCUAUACAGGAGAUCAUGACAACUCUGUCUCUUGGGGCGUGUAUCUGUAUUCCUUCAGAAGAAGAUCGUGUGAACCGACUUACACCCUUCCUAUCAGAAACCAAUGUCAGUAUUAUCACCUUCACAUCAACAGUAGCUGCCUUGGUUCAGCCACACGACGUCCCCAGUGUACGAGCGCUAGUUUUGAUGGGCGAAGCUGUGCAGCCCAAGGUUGUUGACCUGUGGGUUGGACAUGCCACUGUUAUCAAUGCCUAUGGGCCAUCUGAGUGCUGUAUACACACCACGGGAAACGAGAUCCGGCAUAGGUCAGAGGCCCUUAAUAUUGGAAAGGCCCUUGCUAGCGUCUUUUGGGUAGUUAAUCCGGCCAGCGUCGGACAGCUUGUCCCAAUCGGCGCGCCGGGCGAGCUACUUAUUGAAGGACCGCAAUUGGCACGAGGCUACCUCAAUGACCCUGCUAAGACCGGUGUCGCAUUUAUCAAAGAUCCAGCAUUUACCAAACAGUUGGGCCUAGGUCUCGACCGGCGGAUAUACCGCACCGGCGACUUAGUACGGCAAAAUCCCGACGGGUCCCUAACAUACGUCGGACGACGAGAUACACAAGUCAAGAUCCGCGGCCAACGAAUCGAGAUUGGAGAGAUAGAGAGCCAAAUUGUGCAUUUACUUCCAGACUCACGCAAGGCUAUUGUCGAUGUGAUUCGACCAGCCGGCGAGGCUCAUGACGGCAUAUUGAUGUUGGUGGCUAUCGUCGAGUAUGCUAAGGCUGGCCCUGCCAUGAGUAGUUGCGGAGCGCUGGAUCUAUACAAUCCCGCAAUGAUCACUGAAGCCGCAUAUAAGGCCAUCGAGAAAUUAUACGUCGACCUCGCGCAGGUUCUACCGUCAUACAUGGUGCCCUCAGCAUUUUUGCUUGCUCCAAAUUUGCCAAUAAAUAUUUCUGGCAAGUUGGAUCGCCGUACUGUACGGAAAGAGAUGCGCAUGAUGUCCCGCGAGUCGAUAAGCAGCUAUUCCUGCUCUACCAUCACAAAGCAGGCCCCAAAAACUGCUACGGAACAAAAGCUGCAGAGCCUCUGGGCCGUGGCUUUAUCACUUUCACCUGAUGCAGUAGGCAUCAACGACUCCUUUUUCCGUCUUGGUGGAGAUUCGGUGGUGGCAAUGAAGUUGGCGGCGGCGGCCCGCGCUGAGAAUAUUCCCCUCUCCGUGGCCGAUGUCUUCCGCCUGCCCCGCCUCGAGGAUAUGGCAGCAGCUUUGGAAGAACAUCAUGAAGGCAAUAGCCCUAUAGAACCAGAUCCUCUUCCGUUUAGUCUGUGGCCAGAGCUCGCCCAAACGGACAAUACCGAUGCAGAACGAGACCGCUUGUUAGCAGAUAUUACCGCACAAUGUGGUAUUUCUCCUGACCAAAUUGAGGAUGUCUAUCCAUGCAGCCCGCUACAAGCGGGGCUGAUGGCAAUUACUGCUCAGCAUCCCAAGGCCUACGUUAUCCAGCGCGUCUUCCAACUGCAUGCCAACCUCUCAACUGAACGGCUCAAAGUCGCCUGGAGCCAGCUGGUUGAAGCCCUGCCUAUCUUGCGGACGCGUAUUGUUCCCUCCAUUCACACCGACGCGCUACAAGUCGUGGUAAUGGAACAACCAAUCUGGAACCACGGGGCAUCGCUUGAAGACUAUCUUGCUAUGGAUAGAGCCAAUGCUAUUACAUACGGCGGCGAGCUCAGUCGCACCGCCAUCAUAGAGAGCGAAGACAAUGAGAGCCGCACCUUCGUGUGGACGUCACAUCACAGUAUCUAUGAUGGGUGGAGCAAGUCGAAAAUGAUAGACAUGCUUGGGCAGCUCCUGAGGUUUGAGGCGCUGCCAUCUUCCCCGGUGCCAGUAUCACGGUUCAUCGCUUAUCUGGCUCGUCAGGAUGAGGAGCAUAAGGUGGCAUUUUGGAAGGAACACCUUCAAGGUGUUAACUGGACGUGCUAUCCGGCCUUGCCAUCCGGGCAACACAAAGUUAACCCUCGCGAUAAACUAACCUGCCAGUUGCACAUCUCUCUAAUGUCGGGAGCUGCGACAAUGUCUACGGUGUUGCGUGCCACGUGGGGCCUCCUGGUCGCCGUCAACACCGGCGCCGAGGAAGCAGUCAUCAAUGUCGUGCUCUCUGGUCGCAUGGCAGCCUUUGACGGUAUUACAGACCUGGUAGCCCCGACUAUCACCUCCGUGCCCUUCCGCGUAUCCGCUAGGAGGGAACAGACUGUACGGGGUUUCCUUUCCGAUAUACAGAAAGACGCUACUGAGAUGAUCCCAUAUGAGCACACUGGUCUUCAAAACAUCCGGCGCAUGAGCCCUGACCUUGGGCCAGAAUUCGACCCCGGCCACAUCUUUCUAGUUCAGCCAGCCGGAGAGAGCGAAUCAGCAAGACCGAUGUUCGAUAUAGGUAUGGACGCCGAUGAUGAAGCUACUGUUAUGGACGCGUUUGAUGCCUACGCGCUGAACAUCGAAUGCACCGUGGGCGGGACAAGUGAGGUUACAGUUGAGCUGUCCUUUGACCGCGAAGUUGUGCCGGUUGAUGCUGCGCAACGCCUGCUUGCUCAAUUCAGCCACAUUGCUGAGCAGCUAACACGCCAUGCGGAUUUAGAGCUGCCGCUCGGGGUUCUCAAACUGUUACCCGAGAAGGACAUGCUGCAGUUGAGACAGUGGAACUCUGUCGUACCUACACGCAUCGAACGCUGCCUCCACGACCUUGUGCGUGAACACGUGCUUGACCGGCCUUCUGCGGUGGCUAUCAGCGCUUGGGACGGAGAGAUGACGUACGGCGAUUUGGACGAAUCCAGCCGCCGGCUGGCCUGCCACUUGGCUGAUAGAGGCGUAGGCCCGGAGGUGAUGGUCGGCCUGUGCAUGAACAAAUCCAAGUGGGCGGUGGUCGCCAUGUUAGCCAUCCUCCGCGCCGGUGGCGCUGUCGUUCCUCUUGGAGUGCAAUAUCCUCCGUCGCGCAUUGAACGAAUUGUUAAAGACUCGGCUAUGCGGCUAGUCCUGGUUGACCCAUCACAAAAAGGGCGACUAGGCUCUGCAAUACCAGCCACCAUCACCGUCGAUGCCACCCUCCAUGACUCACUCCCUGUUACGGCAUAUGAUGCGUGUGCCACAGUCACAGCUGAGAAUGUUGCCUGGAUACUGUACACUUCUGGAAGUUCUGGUCAGCCUAAAGGCGUUGUCCUUGAACAUGCUGCACUCGCUACAUCAGUGCUGGCUAAUGCUCGAUUCCUCUCACUGUCAACGGAAUCUCGGACUCUCCAAUUUGCGGCAUUUACCUUCGAUGUUUGCAUUACCGACAUUUUCUGCACCCUGGUCAGUGGUGGCUGUGUGUGUCUCAUGUCUGAGGAAGACCGUAUGAAUGAUUUGGCUGGUUGUUUUCAAAAAGCCAAUGCGAAUUACGUCGAAUUGACGCCAACAACCCUCAAGUUACUCUCCCCUGAUCAGGUGCCGGCUCUCACAAAACUCGCUCUCGGUGGUGAAGCAAUAGAGCCGCAGCUUGUCGACAAAUGGAGUAGCAGUGUCCAACUUAUGAACUCAUAUGGUCCAUCCGAAUGCGCCAUUGUGUGUGCGGCCAGGAUCGUGAGUGGAACCAAGGAUGUCAAGAAUUUUGGAAAGGCUCUAGCAGGGGCCUUCUGGGUUGUAUAUCCCGGAAACCACAACUGUCUCUGUCCUAUUGGUGUGAGGGGCGAGCUUCUGGUUGAAGGACCAUUGCUGGCACGCGGUUACCUGAAUGACCCCGACAAGACCGACGCCGCUUUCAUUAAAGAUCCAGCGUUUAUACAGGGGCUGGGUCUCAGCCCUGGCCGACGAAUGUACCGCACAGGAGACAUCGUGCAGCAGAAUGCGGACGGCUCCUUUUCGUACGUCGGCCGAAUGGACACGCAGGUCAAGAUCCGUGGCCAGCGGGUGGAAAUCGGUGAGAUAGAGAGCCAGAUCAAUCUCCUGCUCCCGCCUGGACAUGAAGCCAUGGUGGAUGUGGUGUGUCCCGCCGGUGAGGCACUUGACGCACCAGUCAUGCUCGUGGCUGUCAUCGAGUAUGCUGAGGCUGGGCCUACCCCGAGCAGCCUCGGACCGUUGAAGCUAUACGAUGGCGCACAGAUUACCGAAGCUGCACGUAAGGACGUUGCAAAAUUGGAAGCCGACCUCGGGCAGAUGAUGCCGGCUUACAUGGUCCCCGCGGUGUUCCUAUUAGCUCCCAGUAUCCCGAUCAACGCGUCUGGCAAGCUGGACCGCCGCGCCGUGCGGUAUCAGCUGCGCUCGAUGUCCCGCGAGUCGCUGAGCAGCUUCUCCUGCUCGGCAGGCUCAAAGCAGGCGCCGACCACUGCUAUGGAACAGAAGCUACAAAGCCUAUGGGCCACGGCUCUCGUACUGGACCCCAAAUCGGUUGGGCUCAACGACUCCUUCUUCCGCCUUGGUGGAGACUCGGUGCUGGCUAUGAAGUUAACGGCCGCGGCCCGAGCCGAAAAUAUCCCCCUAUCCGUGGCUGACAUCUUCCAAUGGCCACGGCUGGCAGACAUAGCAGCCGCUAUGGAAGAGAAACAUGUCGAAGACAACGGCGCGGCGGACGAAGAUCCAGCUCCGCUAAGUCUCUGGCCAGAACUUGUCCACACCGAUAAUUCUAGAGUCGAGCGAGUACGACUGCUGACCGAUGUUGCUGCGUAUUGUGGCGUAUCCAUUAACGAUAUUGAGGAUGUCUAUCCAUGUAGCCCGUUGCAGGCCGGAUUGAUGGCGAUUACGGCACAACGUCCCGAGGCCUACGUUGUCCAGCGUGUAUUCAGCCUAGAGGCCGACCUGCUCAUUCAGAAGCUGAAGGCAGCCUGGGCGAGAUUGGUGGAAGCUCUGCCUAUAUUACGGACACGCAUCAUCCCUUCCGCAUAUGCCGACGCGCUACAAGUUGUGGUCAAGGAGCAGCCGACCUGGCAGAGCUGGAUGUCACUCCAGGAGUAUAUCGAAGCGGAUAGAACUACGCCUAUCACGUACGGUGGCUCACUCAGUCGUGCGGCGAUAUUGGCGAACGGAGAUUGUCGAUACUUUGUCUGGACGACACAUCACAGCGUUUUUGACGGAUGGAGCUUAAUGGAAAUGUCAAAACUCCUGGCACAGCUGCUAAGAGAUGAGGCUCCUUCGGCGUCGGUGCCCGUCUCUCGAUUUAUUGCCUACUUGGCCCGGCAGGACAAGGAACAGGCGGCGGAAUUCUGGCAGCGGCAGCUUGAAGGCGCCAAUUGGGCUCAAUAUCCAGCCUUGUCCUCUCCGCAGCAAGUCGUCAACCCGAGAGAUGUGAUUCAGCGACAGGUCGAAAUUCCCAACAGUCCAGGUGAUCGGACAACGGCGACGCUGUUGCGAGCCGCCUGGGGGCUCCUGGUAGCCGCCAAUACCGGCUCCAAUGAAUCAGUUAUCAGCGUUGUUCUAUCCGGCCGUAUGGCAGCCGUUGAGGGCAUUACUGGUCUGGUGGCGCCGACUGUCACUUCGGUUCCCUUCCGCAUUUCCGCAUCGCCAACUCAGUCUGUGCGGGAGUUCCUUACCACCGUACAUAAGCGGGCAACCGAAAUGAUCCCCUAUGAACACACUGGUCUCCAGAACAUUAGACGCAUGGUGUCUAGCCUGGGACCGGAGUUCGACCCAGGUCACAGCUUUGUUUUUCAGCCUGCCGAGGAGAGCGAAUCAGCCUUACCGAUGUCUCAUAUGCAGAGAAAACAUACAGAAAGCUCUGCCAAUGCCUUUGACGCAUAUUCACUCACAAUCGAGUGCACGAUGGCAGUGGGGAGAAAUGCAGUCAGGGUCGAAUUACGCUACGACCGCGAAGUCCUCCCGGUUGACCAUGCGCAUCGCCUACUAGCACAGUUUGACCAUAUUGUCCACCAGCUAGUACAAAAUGCUGAGACCGAACAGCCCCUAGGACAGCUGCAACUACUAUCGAGAGAGGAUGUCGUGCAGUUGAGCAGAUGGAACUCAACGGUACCCCCACGGGUAGAGCGCUGUAUUCAUGAUAUGGUGCUGGACAAGAUGGUAGACCAGCCGUCCGCAGUGGCUAUCAGCGCGUGGGAUGGAGAGAUAACAUACAGGGAGCUAGAUGAUUCCAGCCGCCGUCUGGGUUAUCAUCUGGUAGAACGAGGUGUCGGUCCGGAGACGAUGGUUGGCAUGUGCAUGGAUAAAUCGAAGUUAGGAGUGGUGGCUAUGCUAGCCAUCCUCCGUGCCGGUGGCGCUGUCGUCCCCCUCGGUGUACAACAUCCUCUAGCCCGCAUUGAGGGCAUCGUCAAAGAUACUGCCACGCGGCUCAUACUGGUUGACCGUGGUCAAGAACAGCGGCUGGGGCAGCUGGCGACGCUGACGGAGCAUACACAGCUACUUGCAGUGGACUCUUUCUUCGGUGUGGCCACGUCGACCCCGACACCAUCGGGAGAGCCCUGCAUAACCGUGCGGCCUGAGAACAUGGCCUGGGUCAUCUAUACCUCAGGCAGCACCGGCAUACCUAAGGGUGUUCUUCUUGAACACCAGGCUCUUGCAACAAGUAUCCUCGCCCAUGGUCGCGCAUUCGAUAUCCAGCCCCAUGACCGGCUGUCACAAUUCUCAGCCUAUACCUUCGAUGUUGCUAUCCAGGAGAUUAUGACAACUCUUGCUUUUGGGGCCUGUAUUUGUAUUCCUUCAGAGGACGAUCGUAUGAACCGGCUCAUGCCAUUCCUUUCAGACGCCAAUGUCACUAUCGCCACUUUGACAUCAACAGUGGCUUGUUUGGUCCGGCCAGAAAAUACCCCAAGCCUACGAACGUUAGUGUUGAUGGGUGAACCUGUUCAAAGAAAGGUUGUUGAUCAAUGGAUUGAUCAUACCGACAUUAUCAAUGCUUAUGGGCCCUCGGAAUGCUGUAUUCAUACCACGGGAAACAAGAUCCAGAAAAGAUCACAGGCACCUAAUGUAGGGAAGCCGCUUGCGGGUAUUUUCUGGGUAGUUAAUCCGGCCAAUAUUGGACAAUUGGUUCCAAUCGGUGCGCCGGGCGAGCUGCUUAUUGAAGGGCCACAGUUGGCACGAGGUUACUUGAACGACCCUGUCAAGACUGCUGCUGCCUUUAUCAACAACCCGGCAUUUACGGAAGAUAUGGGCCUAAAUGGCCGACGGAUGUACCGCACUGGUGAUAUGGUGCAGCAGAAUGCAGACGGCUCGGUUAUAUAUCUUGGUCGCCGCGACACUCAGGUCAAGAUCCGCGGCCAACGAGUCGAAAUUGGAGAGAUCGAGAGCCAGAUCGUGCAUUUGCUUCCAGAUGCUUCUAAAGCGAUCGUCGAUGUGGUGCAACCGGCUGGCGAGGCACAUGAUGGAGUUCUGAUGUUGGUCGCCGUCAUCGAAUACCCUAGGGCUGGAUUAUCCAGCAGUGGAGAGUUGGACUUGUCUGACGAUUCACACAUCACCGAUGCGACCCGUAAUGGCCUCCAGGGGUUGGAAAUCGAGCUCGGUCAAGUGCUUCCAACAUAUAUGGUACCCACGGCGUACCUCCUUACUCCAAAGAUCCCAGUGAACAAUUCUGGCAAGCUGGACCGCCAGUUCGUUCGGGAACGGCUGCGCCGGAUGUCCCGCGAGGCGCUAAGUAGCUUUUCCUAUUCUACAAUGGCAAAGCAAGCUCCAAAUACUCCUAUGGAGGAAAAGCUGCACAGCCUCUGGGCCGAGGCCUUAUCCCUUUCCCCUGAUGCAGUGGGCAUCAAUGAUUCCUUCUUCCGGCUUGGUGGUGAUUCGGUAGUGGCCAUGAAGCUGACGGCGGUUGCCCGGGCAAAGCAGAUUCCCCUUUCUGUGGCCGACAUAUUCCGCUGGCCCCGUCUUGUAAAUCUAGCGGAAGCUAUAGAAAACAAGAACGAGGACUAUGGCUUCACCGACAAAGAUCCAGCUCGGUUCAGUCUGUGGCCUGAACUCGCUCGGAUCGACCCCGAUAUGGAAGACGAGCGAAAACGAUUGUUGGCAGAUGUUGCGAUGCAGUGCAUCGUCACAACUGACCUGAUCGAGGAUAUUUACCCCUGCAGUCCCCUCCAGGCCGGUCUUAUGGCAAUCACUGCACAGCGUCCCAAGGCCUACGUCGUUCAACGCGUUUUCCGACUACAGGCCAACCUGUCUAUUCAACAGCUCAAAGCUGCCUGGACGCAACUGGCCGAAAGCCUUCCUAUCUUGCGAACACGCAUCAUUUCUUCAGCCCUUUGCAAUGCGCUUCAGGUUGUAUUGCGGAAGGAGCUCGUUUGGCACCAUGGGACGUCGCUCGACGACUAUCUCGCAACAGACCGAGCCAACCCAAUCACCUAUGGGGGCACGCUCAGUCGUACCGCUAUUGUUCACAAUGGACCUGACCGCUACUUUGUUUGGACAACACACCAUAGUGUCUAUGACGGCUGGAGUGUGACCAAAUUAAUGGAAUUGUUGGCCCGGCUAUUGCAAGGCGCAGCUCCGCCCGUUCCGGUCCCGGUAUCACGAUUCAUUGCUUACCUGACCAUGCAAAAAGAGGAGAAAGCGGCCUCAUUCUGGCAAAAGCACCUAAAAAGCGCUAACUGGGUUCGUUAUCCAGCUUUACCAUCCCCGCAGCAACAUGUCAACCCAAGGGACACACUUCAGCAAAAUCUCCACGUACCUCUGAAGUCAGAAGCCGCAACACUCCCUAUAGUACUGCGCGCCGCCUGGGCCCUGCUUGUUGCCACCAAUACUGGGAUCAAUGAUGCAGUCGUCAAUGUCGUACUCUCCGGUCGCAUGGCCCCGAUAGACGGCAUUACGGACCUUAUAGCGCCAACUGUUACUACAGUCCCCUUCUAUGUGUCAGCCUCACAGGAGCAGUCUGUGAAAAGCUUCCUUGCUGAUAUCCAGAACCGGUCCAUUGAGAUGAUACCAUAUGAACAUACAGGUCUCCAUAACAUUCGCCGCAUGGUUCCUGGGCUUGGACCAGAAUUUGACCCCGGCCACAUCUUUGUGGUCCAGCCAGCCGGGGAGAGCGAGUCAGGAAUACCAAUGUUCAAUAUGGGUAUGGACUUAGAGAAUGACGUUACUUCUAUGGAUUCCUUUGAUGCCUAUCCCCUGACUGUGGAGUGUACUAUGGGAUCAGAUGUUAGCGAUGUCGCAGUUGAGCUGCGGUACGAUCGUGACGUCGUCGCCGUUGAUACUGCACAGCGUCUUCUUGCCCAGUUUAGUCGCAUUGUGCAGCAACUGUCAGCUAAUUCGGAUACUGAGCAGCCGCUCGGACGGCUACAACUACUGUCCUUGGAGGACAGUGUGCAGUUGUCCAAGUGGAACUCGACGGUUCCGCCACGGAUUGAGCGCUGCAUUCAUGACUUAGUGUUAGACGAGAUGACCGCCCACCCAGAGAGAACAGCCGUGAGCGCGUGGGACGGCGAAAUGACGUACGGAGAGCUGGAUGAAGCGAGCCGUCAGCUGGCUCAACAUCUGUCCGCGGAGUACUGUGUGGGCCCAGAGGUGAUGGUCGGCAUGUGUAUGGAUAAAUCGAGGUUGGGAGUGGUGGCUAUCCUGGCUAUUCUCCGCGCCGGUGGCGCCGUGGUCCCUCUCGGUGUACAGCACCCAUUGUCGCGUAUUCAGGGGAUUGUCCGGGACAUUGCAGCGCCGAUUGUGCUAGUAGAUCGUGCUCACAAGGAGCGGCUGUCGGAGCUGGCGGUGCAUACGCAGUUACUUGCCGUGAACUCCUUCUUCGACACAGGCCCCUUGCCCCUAAUAGCGUCUACUGAGCCCUGCGUAUCGGUGCGGCCCGACAAUGUGGCCUGGGUUAUCUUCACCUCCGGUAGCACUGGAACGCCUAAGGGCGUUGUACUUGAACACGGCGCUCUUGCAACUAGUAUCCUCGCUCAUGGACGCGCAUUCGAUAUUCAGCCGCAUGAUCGGCUGUCACAGUUCGCAGCAUACACCUUCGAUGUUGCUAUCCAGGAGAUUAUAACAACUCUUUGUCUAGGGGCGUGCAUUUGCGUCCCCUCGGAAGAUGACCGUAUCAACCGGCUUACAACGUUCCUGUCAGAGGCUGGCAUUACCAUUGCCACCUUAACAUCAACUGUAGCCGCCCUACUCCAGCCACAAAAUAUCCAGACUAUACGAACACUAGUAUUGAUGGGAGAAGCUAUUCAACCAAAUGUCGUUGAUCAAUGGGUUGAGCAUGCUAACAUCAUCAACGCCUACGGGCCAUCCGAGUGCUGUAUCCACACUACAGGAAACAAGAUUUGGACCAGAUCAGAGGCACUUAAUGUUGGCAAGCCGCUGGCUGCAACAUUCUGGGUAGUGAACCCAGCUAGCAUGAAACUAGUUCCAAUCGGCGCGCCGGGCGAGCUACUUAUUGAAGGACCGCAGUUAGCCCGCGGCUACCUGAAUGACCUGGCUAAGACCGGUGCCGCAUUUAUUACAGAUCCAGCAUUUAUCGAAGAGUUGGGCCUGAGCCCCGGCCGUCGGAUGUAUCGAACUGGCGAUCUGGUACAGCAGAACCUAGAUGGGUCGCUGACCUACCUUGGCCGUCGCGAUACACAAAUCAAGAUCCGCGGCCAGCGAGUCGAAAUUGGAGAGAUCGAGAGCCAGAUCGUGCGUCUGCUGCCAAAAGCACCCGUCGUCGAACAUCCCGAUGUUGGACCAUCCAGCAGCGGAGAGCUGGAGCUGUAUAGCCCCGCAAAGAUCACGGAAGCUGCCCGCGAGUCCCUUAAAAAAUUGGACACCGAUCUAAACCAGGUCUUACCAGCAUAUAUGGUCCCAGCGGUGUUUUUACUUACGUCGAAGAUCCCGAUUAACACCUCCGGCAAGCUAGACCGUCGUGCUAUGGGGGAGCAGCUGCGCCUCAUAUCCCGCGAGGUGCUUACCAGCUUUUCUUACUCGUCAACCACAAAGCAGACACCAACUACUACUCUGGAAGAAAAGUUGCAGAGCCUCUGGGCUACGGCUCUCGCGUUAGAGCCCGAGGCGGUUGGGAUGAACGACUCCUUUUUCCGGCUUGGUGGAGACUCAGUCGUUGCUAUGAAGUUGACGGCGGCGGCCCGAGCCGUACAGAUUCCCCUAUCCGUGGCUGACAUCUUCCGCUGGCCCCGUCUGGCUGAUAUGGCAGCUGGUAUAGAAGAGAAAUAUGCAGUCGAGAAUGGUCAUGCGAAUAGUGAAGAUCCGGCCCCACUGAGUUUGUGGCCGGAACUCGCCCAGGCCGACGAUGUGGAGGCAGAGACACGACUAUUGGCGGAUGUUGCCGUUCAAUGUAACGUUUCUAUUGACCAGAUUGAAGACGUCUAUCCCUGUAGCCCGUUACAGGCUGGGCUUAUGGCGAUCACCGCACAACGUCCCGAGGCCUAUGUUAUCCAGCGGAUCUUCCGACUGCAGUCCAACCUCUCAAUCGAACGACUCAAAGCCGCCUGGACGAGGCUAGUUGAAUCCCUGCCUAUAUUGCGAACCCGCAUCAUCCCCUCAAUACGGGCUGAUGCAUUGCAGGUUGUAAUACGGUCGCAGCCAGCCUGGCAGGACUGGAAAUCACUUGAGGACUAUCUCGCAACGGAUAAAGCCACCCCUAUUACAUACGGCGGCGCCCUCAGUCGUACAGCAAUUGUGGCAAAUGAGGACAGCGCGAAUCGGUUCUUUGUGUGGACAACACAUCACAGCAUAUAUGACGGCUGGAGCGUGGCCAAGACGAUUGAAUUUCUCACCCGAUUAUUAAAAGGAGAGGCUCCGCCGGUCACAGUGCCUGUAUCACGAUUUGUCGGCUACCUGGCCCUGCAGGAGAAGGAAGACGUAGCAAAAUUCUGGAGGGGACACCUUGAAGGCGCCAAUUGGGCUCGUUAUCCAGCCUUGCCAUCCCCGCAGAGCAACGUCAACCCAAGAGAUGCACUCCAGCAACACCUCCGCGUUCCUCUGACGGCAGCAACUGCUAUACCUACGGUCCUACGCGCCGCUUGGGCCCUGCUUGUCGCUACAAAUACUGGGCUUGCUGAGGCAGUUAUAAAUGUGGUCCUCUCUGGUCGUAUGGCACCGAUUGAUGGGAUCACGGACCUUAUAGCACCAACUGUCACUACAGUCCCAUUCUAUGUAUCAGCCUCGCCAGCACAGUCUGUCAAAGGCUUCCUUGCUGAUAUAUACAACCGGGCGGCUGAGAUGAUUCCGUAUGAACAUACUGGGCUCCAGCACAUCCGGCGACUAGUUCCAGGGCUGGGGCCAGAAUUUGAUCCUGGUCACAUCUUUGUGGUUCAGCCAGCCGGAGAAAGGGAGUCAACAACACCAAUGCUCAAUGUGGAUAUAGAGCGUGAAACCACAUCUAUGGACUCUUUUGACGCCUACGCCCUUACAGUCGAGUGUACGAUAGGACAUGGGAUGAACGUCGAUGUCGACGUACGCUACGACAGUGCAGUACUUCCGUCUAAUGAUGCCCAACGGCUGCUGACCCAGUUUGGUCACAUUGUGCGGCAGCUAGCACAAAAUGCAAAGACAGAGCAGUCGCUAGGACAGUUGCAAUUGCUGUCCGCGGAGGAUGGCGCCCAGAUAUGCAAUUGGAACUCAAUAGUGCCAUCCCAGGUUGACCGCUGCAUUCAUGACCUAGUCCAUGAUAAGAUGGUUGAGCAACCGUCCGCAGUGGCUGUCAGCGCGUGGGACGGAGAAAUGACAUACUGCGAGCUAGAUAGCGCAAGCCGGCAGCUAGCCCACUAUUUGCUCCAGCACAAUAUCGGCCCGGAGGUCAUGGUCGGCAUGUGCAUGGAUAAAUCGAGGUUAGGAGUGGUGGCUAUCCUGGCUAUUCUUCGCGCUGGUGGUGCCGUUGUCCCUCUCGGUGUACAGCAUCCGGUGGCUCGAAUUGAGGGGAUUGUCCGGGACAUUGCAGCGCCGAUUGUGCUAGUAGAUCGUGCUCACAAGGAGCGGCUGUCGGAGCUGGCGGCGCAUACGCAGUUACUUGCCGUGGACUCCUUCUUCGACACAGGCCCCUUGCCCCUAAUAGCGUCUACUGAGCCCUGCGUAUCGGUGCGGCCCGACAAUGUGGCCUGGGUUAUCUUCACCUCCGGUAGCACUGGAACGCCUAAGGGCGUUGUACUUGAACACGGCGCUCUUGCAACUAGUAUCCUCGCUCAUGGACGCGCAUUCGAUAUUCAGCCGCAUGAUCGGCUGUCACAGUUCGCAGCAUACACCUUCGAUGUUGCUAUCCAGGAGAUUAUAACAACUCUUUGUCUAGGGGCAUGCAUCUGUAUUCCGUCAGAAGACGAUCGGAUGAACCGGCUCUCGUCGUUCCUAUCAGAAGCGAAUGUUACUAUCGCUACUUUGACAUCAACAGUAGCCGCGUUAAUCCGGCCACAAGACACGAGCAUACAUACCCUACUUUUGAUGGGCGAACCUGUACAACCUAGAGUCGUUGAUCAGUGGGUUAAACAUUCCACUAUUAUCAAUGCUUACGGGCCCUCGGAAUGCUGUAUACACACCACAGGAAACAAGAUCAGGGACAGAUCAGAAGCAAGCAAUAUAGGGUUGCCACUAGCGAGCAUAUUCUGGGUAGUGAACCCAGCCAGCAUCGGACAACUAGUUCCACGUGGCACGCCGGGUGAGCUGCUUAUUGAAGGCCCCCAACUAGCUCGGGGUUACCUCAACGACCCUGUCAAGACCGCCGCCGCUUUUAUCAAGGACCCUCCAUUUGUGGAGGCGCUAGGCCUGAGGCCCGGCCGUCGGAUGUAUCGAACUGGCGAUCUGGUACAGCAGAACCUAGAUGGGUCGCUGACCUACCUCGGCCGACGCGACACUCAGGUCAAAAUCCGUGGCCAGCGUGUGGAAGUCGGCGAGAUUGAGUAUCAUAUAGGGAAGCAGGCCGGCACCCAUGAUGCAGUUGUCCUUUAUAUGCGGCAAGGACCACUUACUGGUCAACUUAUUGCCGCUGUCAUCCUCAGCGAGACUGAGACCUUGGCAGUAAGCCGCCAUCAGAACUCAUGUGUUACGUACAUUCCUGAAGACCAGAAGGAGAGUGCUCAAAUUCUACUACGCAAGGCUCAGCAUGACUUGUCGCAACAGGUCAUGCACUAUAUGGUGCCGAGUAUCUGGAUCCCCUUAGCAGCUGCGCCAAUCAAUGCAUCAGGGAAGACAGACCGGAUGGCGCUUACUCGCUGGAUUCAAUCAUUACCGUCAGACGAGAUUGCUGCCCUGGGUAUCACCGAGGAGAAUAAAGAUAAUGACCUACUAGCAACAGCCACAGCCACAGCCAUCGAGCGAUCGUUACGGGAGAUAUGGAGCGAAGUGCUUAAUGUUCCGCUCUGCAACGUCACAUAUUCGGCCAAGUUUUUCAGUCUCGGCGGAGACUCUAUCACAGCAAUGCAGGUUGUGUCAGCUAGCCGGGCCCGUGGCAUUCUCGUCACUGUACGCAACAUUUUAGAUAGCCAGACAAUCUCCAAACUGGCAACUCAAGCGCAGAGAAUCGAAGCUGCAGACGAUACAAAAACACCCUCUGGCAACAGUAUGAAGGUUUCUACGCAAGAGCCGGCCAACGCAGCACGAAUAUCUACAGCAAAAGACUUUCCGCUCGCACACCUGUCUGAUAGUGAUAUGCUACUAAUUGAGGGGCAAUACCUCAGUUCUAUUGGCCUCUCUUCACUCACUGAAAUUGAAAACGUUCUCCCUUGUUCACCAAUCCAGCAAGGCAUUCUUCUUACCCAGCUACAAUCACCAUCAACCUACUGCAUCCAGCACACAUGCCGCAUUAAGUCGUCUGAUCCUACAAACCACUCUGUCAGCGUAGACCGGCUUGUUGGAGCAUGGCGUCAGGUCGUUAUGCGGCAUUCCAUCCUCAGAACUGUUUUGCUUGAGCCGCUACCAGGCCAGGAGAGGUUCAUCCAAAUUGUCUUGAGGCAACCGGAUAUUGGAAUCUUCAGGCAGAAUGGGAUUGCAGAUACAGCUGUAGCUGAGUGGUUUGACUCGCAGCCUAUGCUUGACGUUUCAGACCUUCGACACCCUCCCCAUCGUCUAAUGCUACUAAGGACAGCCACGGGCGAGGUCUACUGCCGACUUGAUGUGAGCCAUGCCCUAGUUGACGCCUCGUCGCUGAGCCUGAUUAUCCGCGACCUUAUUACCGCCUAUGAGGGUACAUUGCAGGCUGGCGGUGGGUCGCAUUACAGUACCUAUAUAGAAUUCCUUGAAGGGAUACAGCCACAGGAAGACCUUCAGUUCUGGAAAGAAUCGCUAAGCCAUGCUGAGCCGUGUCUCCUAACGCCUCAAGAUCCGCUACAUAACUCCGAAGAGGGAAAAUUUGAGAAGGUGCUCAUGCGAAUUGAAGACCUUACUGCGUUGUACCGCUUCCGGGAUACAUAUGGCGUUUCAAUUGCCAGCAUUUGCCAGCUGGCCUGGACGCUGGUCCUUGCCAGCCAGAUGGGAUCCCAAAAUAUCAGCUUCGGGAAUCUAUCAAGUGGCCGCGAUGCGCCUAUCCCGGGGGUAGAAGAGCUAGUUGGUCCUAUGAUUAAUAUGCUUGUUUGCCACACGCAGUUGGAUUGGACUGCGACAGUUUCAGACAUAGCUCGCAAGUUACAGAGUCAUUUUGCUGAAGCUUUCGAACACCAGCGCACAUCGUUGGCUUCUAUCCAGCACGAGCUUGGGUUUUCAAGGGGCCAGCCAUUGUUCAAUUCCACAUUGUCAUAUAAGCGGCAACCCUUACCUGGUUCUGGACAAUCAUCAAUUAUUCUUGAAGGCCUGACCUGGGAGGACCCAACGGAGUACGAUUUGAACAUCAAUAUUGACGCAGGACCAACUGAGCUUGCAAUCGAUAUGCAGUUUUCAACUUCAGUAUUCUCAAAUGCAGCAGCUACAAACCUCACACAGAGGAUGGUGCGAACCGUCUACGCCAUCUGCGAGAACGCGAGUAGGCCGCUCGGUCAGCUUACUAUGCUAUCUCCAGAAGAUGGGGCACAGCUUUGCAGAUGGAAUUCAACUAUGCCGACACGCCUCGAACGCUGUGUUCACGACCUUGUACUUGACACGAUGGCCGUUCAGCCAGAAAAACUAGCUAUCAGCGCGUGGGAUGGUGAGAUGACAUAUGGCGAGGUGAAUGAAGCGAGCCGUCAGCUAGCAUAUCAUCUGGUAGAGCGGGGUGUCGGUCCGGAUGUAAUGGUCGGCAUGUGCAUGGAUAAGUCAAAGCUGGGAGCAGUGGCUAUGGUGGCCAUCCUCCGCGCCGGAGGCGCUGUCGUUCCUCUAGGAGUGCAACAGCCGCUGGCCCGUAUUGAGGGCAUCAUGCAGGAUGCAGCCACGCCGCUGGUUCUGGUUGACCGUGUUCACCAACAACGUCUAGCGCCACUAAGAGUCCAUGCCCAGUUCCUUGCCGUCGACUCCUUCUUCGAGUCCCCCCCAUCAACCCUGGCGACAAAGUCGUCCGGUGAGCCUUGCAUAAUCGUCCGCCCCGAUCACGUGGCCUGGGUCAUCUACACCUCUGGCAGCACCGGCAAGCCCAAGGGCGUUGUGCUUCAGCAUGGCCCCCUCGCGACAAGUAUCUUCUUCCACGGUCGAAGACUAGAUAUACAGUCUCACGACCGUCUGUUGCAGUUUGCGGCUUUCACAUUUGAUGCGGCUAUCCAAGAGAUUAUCACGGCUUUUGUGUUCGGGGCCUGUACCUGUCUUCCUUCUGAAGAGGAUCGCAUGAAUCGACUCACAGCUUAUAUAUCUGAAGCCAAUGUGACGGUAGCCACGUUGACAUCGACUGUGGCAGCAUUGGUUCGUCCGCAGGACGCCCCGACUGUACGAACAAUGAUCUUGAUGGGUGAAGCUGUCCAAGCGAAGGUUGUCGAUCAAUGGAUAGGACACGCCAACGUCAUCAACGCUUAUGGGCCCUCGGAAUGCUGUAUACACUCGACAUGUCAGAAGAUCCCCGACACUUCAUUGGCUCUGAAUAUUGGAACGGCCAUCGCCAGUGGAACGUGGGUUGUUAACCCGGCCAGCAUCGGACAACUAGUUCCCAUCGGCGCGCCCGGCGAGCUGCUUAUUGAAGGUCCAUUGUUGGCUCGCGGCUAUCUGAACGACCCCGUCAAAACUGCUGCUGCCUUCAUCGAAGAUCCAGCAUUUAUAGAAGAGUUAGGCCUAACUCCCGGCCGACGGAUGUACCGCACCGGCGAUCUAGUACGGCAGAAUUCAAACGGCUCCCUGACUUAUCUCGGCCGAAUUGAUGCGCAGGUUAAGAUCCGUGGUCAGCGCGUAGAAGUCGGCGAGAUCGAGUACCACAUAGGGAAGCAGGCCGGCAUCCAUGAUGCGGUUGUCCUUUAUAUGCGCCAGGGGCCUCUUAGUGGCCAGCUUAUUGCUGCUGUCAUCCUCAGUGAGACCUCAAUAGCAAGCCGCCAUCAGAAUACCGCUAUCAAACCCAUUCCUGAAGAUCAUAAAGAGGGUGCUCAAAAACUACUAUACAAGGCGCAGGGGGACUUAUCUCAGGAGGUUAUGCACUAUAUGGUGCCAAAUAUCUGGAUCCCCUUAGCAGCUGCUCCGAUUAACGCGUCAGGGAAGACAGAUCGGAUGGCGCUUACUCGCUGGAUUCAAUCAUUACCGUCAGACGAGAUUGCUACCCUGGGUAUCACCGAGGAGAAUAAAGAUGAUGACCUACUAGCAACAGCCACAGCCACAGCCAUCGAGCGAUCGUUACGGGAGAUAUGGAGCGAAGUGCUUAAUGUUCCGCUCUGCAACGUCACAUAUUCGGCCAAGUUUUUCAGUCUCGGCGGAGACUCUAUCACAGCAAUGCAGGUUGUGUCAGCUAGCCGGGCCCGUGGCAUCCUCAUUACAGUCCGCAAGGUUCUUGAGAGCCAGACAAUCCCCAAACUGGCAGCCCAGUCGCAGACAAGCAAAGAUACAAGCGAUGCAUCACGCGUGCCAGAGGGACUUUUCGCUCUCUCACCCAUUCAGCAAAUGUACUUUGACCAGAUUGCAUCCGACGGAUUACGCACUGAGGGAGAGUACCAUUUCAACCAAGGGGUCUCGCUCCAUAUCACAAAACGGGUAGAACUACCAGAACUUGCAUGGGCACUGGAUGCGGCUGUUGUGAAGCAUGCUAUGCUUCGCGCUCGCUUUCAGCACAGUCAGGACCAUGGCUGGCAGCAAUGGAUUGAGAGAGAUCUUACUGGGUCUUACCGUCUCUCUUCGCAUAGGGCCGCUGAUGCGAAGUCUAUACAGCAUAUUGUUGCGCAGUCCCAAGGCUCACUCAACCUCGAAGACGGGCCAGUGUUUGCAGCUGCGCUGAUCGAAUUGCAGGACAGGCAGGUUCUCCACCUGAUCGCCCAUCAUCUUGUUAUCGACCUCGUAUCCUGGCGUAUUCUCAUAGGAGACCUCGAAGAACUCCUUAGGCAUCGCAAACUGCCAAACCCGAGCAGCCUAUCAUUCCCUGUGUGGUUGGAGCGGCAAUACCAAUCAUUGAGCAGGUUCGUGAGCGAGAUCGGUACACCAGCGGAAGCCUUCGUGGCAGAUACGUUGCCGGUUGCGGUACCAACAGCAAAUUGGGAGUACUGGGGCCUUACUCCCGGUCAAAAUAUAUGGGGCAGCCUCGCUAGCUUCCAGACGAAGUUAGACUCUAACACGACGUCGUUGCUAUAUGACUCCGCCAACGCCACUCUUAAUACCGAACCAAUAGAGAUCCUGCUAGCUGCCUUCUUCCUCUCUUUUCGGGCGGUCUUUACAGAUCGUCCUGUCCCUGCCGUCUUUACCGAAGGGCAUGGCCGCGAGGCUGCGGAUAACGAAACGGACCUAUCUGACACCAUUGGCUGGUUCACAACAAUGACACCACUUCAUGUCCCGGUGGAAGCUAAUUAUAAUGGUUCUAUCGAUGUUCUGAGACAGGUAAAGGACCAGCGCAGGCGUAUUCCUGCCCGUGGUGUUCCCUAUUUCGGUAGCCGUUUCCUGACCGCUCGUGGACGAGAAGAGUUUGCGGGUCACGGCCCUGCUGAGAUCCUUUUCAAUUAUACUGGAAGGUUUCAGCAGACUGAGCGGAAGGAUUCACUGUUCCGUAUUGACGAUGGCGAUUACUCGAUAUCGGAUGUUGGCGGCAUGGUCAAGGCGUUUGCUGUGCUUGAUGUCACCAUCACUGUGGAAGCGGACGAGUUAUGUAUCAGCCUGCGCUUCAGCCGUCAAGUACGGCAGCAGGCAGCUGUCCGGAAGUGGCUUCAAGCAUAUCGCAACACUGUGAAGAACCUUGUGAAUGAGCUGGUGAUAGCAGCGCCGACAGCUACGGCAACAGACUUUCCGCUUGCGCGCCUAUCCGACAGCGACAUGGUAUUUAUUGAGGGACAAUACCUCAGUACUAUGGGCCUGUCUUCAACCACCUACAUUGAAGACAUUCUCCCCUGUUCACCAAUUCAGCAAGGCAUUCUGCUUACCCAAGUACAAUCGCCAUCAACCUACUGCAUCCAGCAGACAUGCCACAUCAAGCCAUCUGACCCCGCCAACCCCGUCAGCAUGGACCGGCUCAUCAGAGCAUGGCAUCACGUCGUCUCACGGCACUCUAUCCUCCGGACUAUCAUGCUCGAGCCGCUACCAGGCCAGGAGAGGUUCAUCCAAGUCGUCCUCAAACAACCAGAUAUUAGCAUCCUUAGUGAGGUCAACAUCGCAGACAGAGCUGUAGCUGAAUGGUUCGAUUCACGGCCGAUACUCGACCUGUCAGAUCUUCACCGCCCUCCUCAUCGUUUGACAAUAUUAAGAACAGCUACAGGCGAGGUCUAUUGCCGCCUCGAUGUGAGCCAUACGCUGGUUGACGCCUCGUCGCUGUCCCUGAUAAUUCGCGACCUCAUUAGCGCCUAUGAGGGUGCGUUACCGGCUGGCGGUUCCCAUUACAGUGCCUAUGUCGCGUUUCUGGACGGGAGACACCCCCAAGAUGACCUUCAGUUCUGGAAGACAUUGCUAAGCGAUGCCCAGCCAUGUCUCCUGGAGCCGCAGGAGCCACCGCACAAUACCGAUUACGAACAGGAAAAGCUUGCGAAGGUGUUCACGCAGAUCGAAGACCUUUCUGUACUGCACCACUUCCGGGACGUAUACGGCAUCUCAAUUGCCAGUAUCUGCCAGCUAGCGUGGGCCCUAGUGCUUGCCACCCGGACGGGAUCGACAAAUGUCAGCUUCGGUAACCUAUCGAGCGGCCGUGAUGCACCUAUUCCGGGGGUAGAAGAGCUAGUCGGGCCUAUGAUCAAUAUGCUUGUCUGCCACCUCCAGCUAGAUUGGGAUAUAACAGUGUCAGAUAUAGCUCGUAAGCUACAAAGCCAAUCCGCCGAGGCUUUUGAGCAUCAGCGGACCUCGCUAGCUUCUAUCCAGCACGAGCUCGGCUUCUCAAGGAUACAACCGCUAUUUAACAGCACACUGUCAUAUAAGCGGCAGCCAUUGGCUAGCUCCGAUCAAGCAUCAAUUAUCCUCGAGGGUCUGAACUGGAAGGAUCCAACGGAGUACGAUUUAAACGUCAAUAUUGACGCAACACCAACCAAGCUUGAAAUCGAUCUGCAGUAUUCAACAGCCAUAUUUUCAGAUACAGCAGCCACGAAGCUCGCCCAGGGCCUAGUACAAGCCAUCCGCGCUGUAUGUGAGAAUGCGAAUCAGCCGCUACGACAGCUUAGUCUGCUGUCAUCACAAGACAAGGCGCGGUUAUCUACAUGGAAUUCGAUCAUGCCGCCACGAGUCGAGCGUUGCCUCCAUGAAUUGGUGCUGGACCAAAUUGCCGCCCAGCCUGCGGCACCGGCUGUCUGCGCGUGGGACGGCGAGUUGACAUACGGAGAGCUGGACGACGCUAGCCACCGGCUGGCUCACCAUCUGGCCGGGCGCGGUGUAGGCCCGGAGGCGAAGGUUGGCGUAUGUAUGGAUAAAUCGAAAUGGACAAUCGUCGCGAUGCUAGCCAUCCUCCGGGCUGGCGGCGCCGUGGUCCCUCUCGGGGUUGGGCACCCGUUGGCCCGCAUCGCCGGCAUCGUCCAGGAUAUUGCCGCGCCGCUCGUGCUGGUCGACCGUGGCCACGAGCAACGUUUGGAUAUGCUAUCGGCCCAUACGCAGCUGCUUGCGGUCGACUCCUUCUUCGAAUCGGCCCCCUUGACCCCGACACCGUCCGGCGAGCCCUGCACAUCCGUUCAGCCCGAGAACGUUGCCUGGGUUAUCUUCACCUCUGGCAGCACCGGCAAGCCUAAGGGCGUAGUCCUCGAGCACGGUGGUCUUGUAACAAGCAUUCUCGCACACGCACCACUCUGGGGACUCUCUCCCUCAACACGCACGCUCCAGUUUGCCGCUUUCACUUUCGAUGUCAGUAUCUCUGACGUCAUGGCAACCCUUGCUUUUGGCGGCUGUAUUUGUUCACUCUCCGAAGACGAUCGUCUCUCGAGGCUCAAUCAGUCAGCUAGCCAUUUCCGGGUGACUUAUGCCAAUGUGACACCUACAGUCGCUCGCCUCUUAGAUCCAAAGCUGGUCCCUACACUGAAGACUCUGGUGCUUAUUGGAGAGGUUGUCGAUACAGGAGUUGUGGAUAGGUGGAACAAGGAUGCUGCAGUAAUCAACGGUUAUGGCCCUGCCGAAGCAUCCAUCGUGUUCCAUUGCAGCCCGCCUAUACUGGAUCCUGCAGUUGCAGGAAACGUCGGACAGCCCAUCGCAGGAGGCGCCUGGGUAGCCGACCCGGACGACAUCGGCCGACUGGUGCCCCUUGGCGCGCCAGGCGAGCUGCUCAUCGAAGGCCCGCUACUCUCGCGAGGUUACUUGAAUGAUGCCGUCAAGACAGCGGCCGCCUUUGUGACGGACCCGGCGUUUGUGCAGGAGUUGGGCCUUGGCCCCGGCCGGCGCAUGUACCGCACCGGAGACAUGGUGCGGCAGAACACCGACGGCUCGCUGACCGUCAUAGGCCGUCGCGACACGCAGGUCAAGGUCCGCGGUCAGAGGGUGGAAAUCGGCGAAAUCGAGAGUGAGAUUGUCCGCCUGCUGCCAGACGCGACACACGUCUAUGUGUCCAAGAAGGGACAGUCUCUGGUCGCCAUCAUCGAAUCAACCUCACCCGACCGGCAUACUUCUCGCGUCCCUGUGCCUUCAAUAAUCAUGCCCGAUCGUGAGCAGCAGAAGGCUUUUGAUUCCCUCCAUACCUCCCUCCUUGAAACGCUUCCCAGGUACAUGAUACCGUCCGCGUUCCUGGCUAUCAGUAAAUUCCCGCUCAAUGACAGUGGCAAGAUGGACCGUCGAGGAGUUCGCAUUUUGCUAGAUUCCAUACCAUCGGACAAGUGGCUUGAGUACACGGCCAAGUCUCGGAUAUAUCAGGCGCCUGUUGGCCCCAAAGAACAGCUGCUUUGCGAAUUGUGGGCCACUUGUAUUGGGCUUGAAAACACGGUUGUGUCGCGUACGGACAAUUUCUUCGAACUUGGUGGAGACUCUAUGACAGCCAUGACCCUUGUUCAGCAGCUACGAGGACACACCAUGCGGCUUUCUGUCAUCGACAUUUUUAAUUAUCCGGUCCUUUCUGAUAUGGCAGCAUAUGCCGCCAUGAACGCUGACGAGGUAGCGGACUACAAGCCCUUAUCGCUUGUCUCGCUUGAAGAACGAUCAAGUGUUCUUGAGUGCGUGCCGGUUGAAAAGGCACAGGACGUGCUUGAUAUUCUGCCAACAACAGACUUUCAAGCCCAGAUUAUAAGAGAAAACAUGGCCCCGGAACGCAGGCAACUGAAUUAUUUUGCUUUCGACGCGAGCGGUCCCUGUGACAUAUCCGGGGUGAUGUCGGCAGUUGCUGAUCUUGCCAUGAAAUUUGAGUCACUUCGCACCGGAUUUGCCAGACCUAGCGGCCAGAAAUUCUUACAAGUUGUCUACGCCAAAUGGCAACCAGAGGUCCGCGUCUUCCACACCGAUAUGGAUCUUGAUGCCUUCUGUCGAGACUCAUUGGACCAAGAAAUGUUCGCAACGCCAAGUCUUGCACGACCAAUGUUCGAUGUCGCUGUUGUCAUUGCCCCUAUGAAUCAACAUCGCAUCGUGUUCCGUAUCUCGCAUGCCCUAUAUGAUGGAGCUACUUUGCAUCGGGUCUGGACAACAUUAGAAGAGAUCAUUACAGGGCAACUUACGGGCAAUUCGGUUCCUGUUGGGUCGUAUUUCCGAAGUCUACAAGCCCGGACAACACGAGAAACCGAAGACUACUGGCGUGAGCUUCUUCGUGGAGCUAACAUUCCGUCCAUUAGUGAACAUACCGAGCCCCAGGUCUCACGACUAGGUCUUAUUUCCGGCGAGCCAAUUGCGUUGGGAUCAAGAAGUGGACAACCAGACUUCCCAAUUGCCGUGGCUGUCAAAGCCGCUUGGGGUAUAGUAUUGGGCCUGCACACGUCGAGUCGUGAUGUUGUGUUUGCCGACAUCUAUACGGGACGGAACUCAGUACAUCCAUCAGCCGCAGGCGCUGUUGCGUGCUGUGCCAGAGCGGUUCCAUGCCGUGUCGCCUACGAACCUGAAUGGACACUGGAAACACUGCUCGAACAGCUCAGGAAACAACAAGUCGACAGUAUGAGACAUGAAGGUCUCGAGUUCCCGACAAUCGCUCAGCGUUGGAUGGGAUGGCCGGAAGAAGAAGCAGCAGACUUGCGAGCCAGCGUGGUGAAUCAUCUGAGAGCGUCAAAGGAGGACCUAUUACUAGGUGGUACAGUCUACAAGCGGACGGAGGUUAGCCCGAGGCAACCCUACGCAUCCAUUGACUUUGCCAUCGAGACAGUAGAGGAGGAAGAUGGUUCACUAUCAAUGGGCAUUGCAUUUGCCGCCGACCGGAUCCGUGACCAGCUGGCAAGAACACUGCUUAAUCGAUUCCGAGCCACUUUGGAGACGAUCCUGGCGCAUGGACAGUGCAGUGUCAGCCAAUUGAUCGAAAGAGUGACCGGCCCCGCGGCGAGGUCUUAG